AACCUCUGGGGAGUCCCGGUUAGUGUUUUGCCCUAGCUGCUGCUUUCUUGCUUUGCAUAAGCCAAGUGCAAAGAGAAAAUGAAAGCCAGGAAUAAAUACUAAUUGCUUCCAAGGACCAUGUGCUGCUGUUGUGUGGGUGCUCACAAAGCACAACAGGAUUCUGCUGUGCUGAGCAAGGCGGAUUCAGGCAGAGCAACUUAUUCUUGUGCUGAAUGGUUUCUUUUGGCAGGCGGAUAAAGCCGAGCUGACAGGAUGACAAGUACCGGCACCAAGAGCAGCUACAUGGAGCGGUCCCAGAGAACACUCUGCAGGAACCCAUUUCUCAGUAUCAAGUUCUUUGUUUUCUGCCAUGGGUUUCUCCAGCUCUCCCAGCUCCUGGUCUCUGGGUAUCUGAAGAGCUCCAUCUCCACCAUCGAGAGACGAUACGGCCUCUCCAGCCAGACCUCAGGGCUGCUCGCUUCCUUCAAUGAGGUUGGGAACACGUUGCUGAUCGUCUUCAUAAGUUACUUCGGGAGCCGGGUGCACAGACCUCGCUUCAUCGGCUGCGGCGCCAUCCUUGUCUCCUUGGCUGGGUUCCUCAUGUCUCUCCCCCACUUCAUAACUGGACCCUACAAGUAUGACCAGUCCGUUGCCAGUAUGUUCAGCAACACGACCGACCUGUGCCAGCCCGGGGUCCAGGAGUCCCAAGGGAACAUCAGUGAUGCCGGCUGCACACCCCAUGCUGCCAGGGAGAACCACGAGGUUCUCCUCGUCAUGUUCAUCGCCCAGGCGCUGCUGGGCAUUGGUGGUGUCCCCAUCCAGCCCUUUGGAAUCUCCUACAUCGAUGACUUCGCCAGUGAGAGGAACUCCCCUCUCUAUUUGGGCAUCUUGUUCUCGGUGACAGUCAUCGGGCCGGGGGUGGCCUUCAUGCUGGGCUCUGCCAUGCUGCGCUUCUACGUGGACAUUGACAAAGUCACUGGAGGUGAAGUCCAGCUCACGAACAAGGACCCGCGGUGGGUUGGAGCCUGGUGGUUGGGUUUCCUGGUCGCAGCCAGUCUCGUGGCCCUGUCUGCAGUGCCUUAUUUCUUCUUCCCACGGGAAAUGCCAAAAGAGGUGGCGAGUGGGAAGGAGAGUGACAGCAAGAAGAGCGAGGAUGUGCUCAGCCAGCUCAGGUCGAGAUCUGAACAUGUGCAAAACCUCUCUCUAACCAAGUUCAUCAAACAUUUCCCUCUGGUGCUGUUGAGGAACGUGCGCCAUCCUGUCUACCUGCUGGUGGUGCUGGCUCAGGUCAAUCUCUCUGCCAUGGUUGCUGGAUUAGCCACGUUCAUGGGGAAGUUCCUGGAGAGGCAGUUCUCCCUCACGGCAUCCUUGGCCAACAUGAUUAUUGGUGCUGUGAACAUCCCUGGGGCCAUGGUCGGCAUCGUGGUCGGUGGUGCCAUCCUGAAGCGGUUCCAGAUGUCCUUGAGGCAAUGCAGCGCCAUGUGCGUCCUGGGCAUGUUCCUCUGCUUGGUCCUGGCUUUCCCCCUCCUCUUCCUCGGCUGCCCCACGCAGAAGGUCGCAGGUGUUACCUACAGUGAAAGCUCUGAAUUUGGACACCAUGCCUUGGAGUGCAACCUCCAGUGCAACUGCCCCGAGAAAGCCUAUAACCCAAUCUGUGGCUCCAAUGCUAUUGAGUACAUCUCACCCUGUUCUGCUGGCUGCAGGGAUGUGAAUAUCGAUGCAGACAACAACUCAGUCCUGAACUACACCAACUGCAGCUGCAUCUCCGACAACGGGCUCAUGGGCUUUGCCAGACCUGGGACCUGCGGCACCGGCUGCUCCCACCUCUUCCUGCCCUUUGUGAUCCUGUCCUGCCUGGCAGGGAUCCUCGCCAGCACGUCCCACACGCCGUCCUUCAUGCUUAUCCUCAGGAGCAUCCAGCCUGAAGACAAGUCCUUUGCUGUUGGGAUACAGUUCAUGCUGCUGAGAGUUUUAGCCUGGAUGCCAGGACCUGUUCUGUACGGCAGCGCCAUCGACACAACCUGCAUCCUCUGGGAGAAGAAGUGUGACAGGAAAGCAGCCUGCAUAUACUAUGACAAUAACCUCUUCAGGCAAAGGUAUCUUGGUCUCCAGUUUUUCUUUGAGGUUGGGACCUUCCUGUGCUUUGUGACCGUGUACGUGAUCCUCAGACGGCAGGAGAGAGAAGCCAGCAACGCAGCAGGGACAAAGGUGGACCCAGAGAAGGAGAAACUGGCAGGAAACUCCCUAAAGAGCCCAGAAUCCAAAGUGUGACACCAAAAAUUCAUGUCAUUGGAGGUGAAGCCAUGUGAAUCAUGCCACACUUGAACUGUGAAGGAUGGAUGGUUGGAGCGGUGGACAAUGGGGCUGCUUCCUAACGUUCUGGGUGGUAUGUUCUACAUCUGUACUGCCAUGGGAGUCUGUCCAUGUUCUACGCCUGCCUCCUCCACCUCAAUGGUGCAACCUGCUCCUUCAUGUGGAUUAGUCCACACACCUUAACCUUUGGACACUGCAGUCUUCUGAAUUUGUGCCCUCCAAAGCAUUUGCUCCUGCUGACGGUCUUGGUGGUGCCAGCACUGAGCAGUAACCACAGAGCUGAAGGAUUUUGUGGGGUUUUUAAAUAAAUCAUUUGUAAGAAAUGGUUUCGUACUGAA